GAAAGAGGGCGAACAGCCUGAGUCCCUCACCUUCCAACUGCCUAAGUUAGAUUUAGAUUUAGGCGGAGCUUUCAAUUUAGCAUUCCCCUCGUUUCCAUCGACAUUCACAUCAAAACCCACUCCCAACACAACACAUAGCCAAACCCACUUCAUUAUUCCCUUUCCUCUCUCACCAUUUACACAACAUUGCCACAGGAAAUGGAAGCCACAAUGUCAGCGUGCAAGUCUGUUAGCUCGCCUUCUGUUCCCGUUGCUGGUUUGUUUGCUGGUAGAAGAGGCAUUAGGAGUUCCCAAUGCAGUUUCUUAGCGGGAACCAACAGUGUGAUGUUUCCUAGGCAAGUAGGUCGAAUUACUCACACUCACAAACACCGCCAAACACGUCACUGCGGGGCUCUCCAUGCCACGUGUCAGUAUGACAAGAUCCUGAUUGCCAAUAGAGGCGAGAUUGCCGUUCGUGUUAUUCGAACCGCUCAUGAAUUGGGGAUACCCUGUGUGGCUGUCUACUCAACCAUUGAUAAGGACGCGCUUCAUGUCAAAUUGGCUGAUGAAGCCGUUUGCAUCGGUGAAGCGCCUAGUAGCCAGUCAUACUUGUUGAUCCCAAAUGUUCUGUCCGCUGCAAUUAGCCGCAAAUGCACGAUGUUGCAUCCUGGCUAUGGUUUUCUUGCUGAGAAUGCAGUGUUUGUUGAAAUGUGCAGAGAACAUGGAAUCAACUUUAUUGGGCCUAAUCCUGACAGUAUUCGGGUUAUGGGUGACAAAUCAACUGCCAGAGACACAAUGAAGAAAGCAGGUGUUCCCACUGUUCCAGGAAGUGAUGGGCUUUUACAGAGCACAGAAGAAGCUAUCAGGCUGGCAAAUGAGAUUGGUUACCCCGUGAUGAUCAAGGCAACAGCAGGUGGUGGAGGGCGUGGCAUGCGUCUUGCUAAAGAACCUGAUGAGUUUGUGAAGUUGUUACAGCAAGCUAAGAGUGAGGCAGCUGCUGCAUUUGGCAAUGAUGGGGUUUAUUUGGAGAAGUAUAUUCAAAACCCAAGGCACAUCGAGUUCCAGGUCCUUGCAGAUAAAUAUGGUAAUGUUGUUCACUUUGGUGAACGUGAUUGCAGCAUCCAGAGGCGUAAUCAGAAACUGCUGGAAGAAGCACCAUCUCCUGCCUUGACUGCUGAGUUGCGGAAGCAAAUGGGAGAUGCUGCAGUUGCGGCUGCUGCAUCUAUUGGUUACAUAGGUGUGGGAACAGUUGAGUUCCUUUUGGAUGAAAGGGGUUCCUUUUACUUCAUGGAGAUGAACACUCGUAUCCAGGUUGAGCAUCCUGUGACUGAAAUGAUUUCCUCAACAGAUUUGAUAGAAGAGCAAAUUCGUGUAGCUAUGGGAGAAAAGCUGCGAUACAAACAGGAGGAUAUUGUGCUCAGAGGACAUUCUAUUGAAUGCCGUAUCAAUGCAGAAGAUGCUUUUAAGGGAUUUAGGCCAGGGCCAGGUAGAAUUACAGCUUACUUGCCAUCUGGAGGACCAUUUGUCAGAAUGGAUAGCCAUGUUUAUCCUGAUUAUGUGGUUCCUCCAAGCUAUGACUCCCUUCUUGGAAAGCUGAUUGUCUGGGCUCCAACAAGAGAAAAAGCAAUUGAACGCAUGAAAAGGGCUCUUGAUGACACUAUUAUCACGGGUGUUCCUACUACAAUUGAUUAUCAUAAACUUAUCCUUGACAUAGAGGAUUUCAGAAAUGGCAAGGUUGAUACUGCUUUUAUUCCAAAGCACGAGGAGGAGUUGGCAAUGCCACCCCAAAAGAUGGUACCAGUUUUCAGGGCAAAAGAAUUGGCUGGUUCAACUGCCUGAUGGAUAUUAUUUUGUGAUGCCAGAAUCGCUUUGUUGUAAUCCCUAUGUCGACCCCUCAUGGAUGUGGAGGUUUUAAUGAAAUUUUGAUAAUUAGUCUCGCACAUUUCUAUUUAUUCUCAUAAUUAUAUUGUAAAAUCAGUUAGUUUUGUUUGAUUUCAUCCCGGAUAAUAGUGCGAGAGAUUGGGAAUACAUCCUUGCAGUUUUUUAAGUCAAUGGUUUUUACAGGCUUUUGCCCCAAAGCUGUUUGUAAUUCUUGUAUUAAGAGCACGAUGCUAGGUACAGUAAUAAAAAAAAUUAACUUUAUAC